AUGGAAGGUAUCCCUACACCAGCAUAUGAAAUUGUCUUCAGAAUAAAUGAUGAAAUCAUAAAUCUAUCAAUACCACUUCAGGAAACCGAGGAUAUUUCGAAAUUAACAAAUAAUGAUGGCUACACAUCAAACUACAUAAUCGAGUUGAUAAACAAUGGACUUAUUUCCAUAAGGGAACCACUGCAGAGGAUAUGGAGAGUAGAGGGCGAAAGUAAUAUUCUGAUAUAUACUGCACCACAAACUGCUCAAGUCAACAAAGACACUGAUAAUGAGGACUGUCAAGAAGUGGGUUCCAUCAGUGAAGGCAGUAUAUAUUCUCUCCAACACAAUGAAGAUAAUGACAGCUGGCAAGAAGAAGCAGUUCCAUUUUCUGAUGGCAAUGUGAAGCACCGUUGUGACUGGACUGAUGCUGAAACCAAAGUUUUAUUGGAGUACUAUGAACAAUUUAUGUCCAAUGUAGGGCCCAUGAAAAAAUUUAAAAACAAAAGAAACAUGUGGAAUAAAAUCACAGACAUUCUCAACAAAAAAUUCAACCUACAAAGAACUUCAAUACAAGUGGAGAAUAGAUACAAAACAGUUUUGAAGAGGAAAAAAUCUGCUGUUGAAAAUAAUAGAAGAACUGGGUCAAGCCGCAUGGACAUCCCAUUUGAAGAAGAACUCAAUAAAAUAUCUAGCUUAGAUGACAGUAUAGAGCCAGAGGUUUUGGGUACUGCUCAGAACAUACAAGUUCUCAAACCAAUUCAAAAAGAAAAUAUAACACCAUCAGUAUCACAAUCAAUAAAGCCUGUGAGGAAACACAAAUCUAUUCAUGAGACUUUAAUUGAAAUUCACAAACAAAAAGAAGAUGCCAAAGAAAGGAGACACAAAGAAAAACUGGAAUUAAUAAGAGAACUUUUCAAAAGGGACUAA